AAGCCAUAUCUGAAGAAUGCAAAACCCUGUUCCAGUCACUUUUCCCGCCAUUAGGUAAGAGGGCGAAAAAACCUCGAAAAUCCGAGGAACUCCACCGUUGAUAGGAAUCAACGGUUAUUUCCGUUUUGCUAUUUCCACCGCCGGCUGCCUCUUAAUCCAACGUCAACGGCAUGAACGGCUACUUCUGACGGGAAAGGAGGAGAAACCGCCGCAUAAACUGGUUUUGGGAACCAACGGUGUUAUUUUCGUUUGGUCUACUAUCCCGUCAGUUCUCGCAUCAUCUUCGAAAUUUCAUUUCAAUGGCAUCAGAUCCCGACAGAGGCCAGAUUGGACUUGUUAUCACCCGAUCUACAUAGACGCUGUGAUAUUUCAUCAAGCGUGCUUCUAUCUGUUAACCACUGCAACUUGGAAGCCUUAAGAGACACCAAACUCACCAAGAAGAGAAAGAGAAGAGAAGAGACACAAAAGAAGGAAGGGACCCUCCUCUCAAAUGGAUGAUUCCGAGAACCAACCAUCGACACCAGGCUCACCCACCUCUGCGGGGUUCAGCACAGAUCGAUUACCUCCGAACACCAGCCGGACCUCUGAUACCUACUCCGACGAUGAUGAGGCUGCUGUUGAUCCUGAGAUCAUUAGGGAUGAACCUGAUGAUGGGGAUGCAGAAGAAGAAGAAGGAGAAGACCUUUACAAUGACAACUACUUGGACGACUACCGUCGGAUGGAUGAGCACGACCAGUAUGAAUCAAUCGGUAUCGAUGACUCAUUGGAGGAUGAGAGGGACUUGGAUCAAAUCAUGGAAGACCGCAGAGCGGCAGAAGUCGAGCUAGAUGCCAGGGGUGGUCAAAAGAGUAAUCGGAAACUCCCCCGGCUUCUGCAUGACCAAGACACCGAUGAGGAUGUAAACUACAGGCCUCCAAAAAGGUCAAGAGCUGAUUUCAGGCCUCCAAGAGGACCAAGAAGCUAUGAUGAUACUGAUGCAAUGCAAAGUUCACCAGGAAGGUCACAACGAGGGCACUCAAGAGACGAUGUUCCAAUCACUGAUCAGACAGAUGAUGACCACUAUGAGGAUGAAGAUGAUGACGAAGGUGAGUUUGAAAUGUACCGUGUCCAAGGAACAUUAAGGGAGUGGGUUACUAGAGAUGAGGUGCGUAGAUUCAUCGCCAAGAAGUUCAAGGAGUUCUUGCUAACAUAUGUGAACCCAAAGAAUGAACAAGGGGAUUUCGAAUAUGUACGGCUAAUAAAUGAGAUGGUUUCAGCUAAUAGAUGUAGCUUGGAGAUUGAUUACAAGCAAUUCAUUUACAUUCAUCCCAACAUUGCCAUUUGGCUAGCUGAUGCACCUCAAUCAGUCCUUGAAGUUAUGGAAGAAGUUGCCAAGAAUGUUGUAUUUGAUUUACACCCUAAUUACAAGAACAUCCAUCAAAAGAUAUAUGUUCGGAUUUCAAACUUACCAGUUUAUGACCAAAUUCGCAACAUAAGGCAAAUCCAUUUAAACACUAUGAUUCGUAUCGGUGGAGUUGUGACUAGACGGUCUGGGGUUUUUCCCCAAUUGCAGCAGGUGAAGUAUGAUUGCAACAAAUGUGGGAUGGUUCUUGGUCCAUUCUUCCAAAAUUCGUAUUCAGAAGUCAAAGUGGGAUCUUGUCCUGAAUGUCAGUCGAAAGGACCAUUUACUGUCAAUAUCGAGCAGACAAUCUACAGGAACUAUCAAAAGCUCACCCUUCAGGAGAGUCCCGGAAUUGUGCCUGCAGGUCGACUACCGAGAUACAAGGAAGUGAUACUCUUGAAUGACCUGAUAGACUGUGCCCGUCCAGGGGAAGAAAUUGAAGUGACAGGCAUAUACACAAACAAUUUUGACUUAUCUUUAAAUACAAAAAAUGGUUUCCCUGUGUUUGCUACAGUGGUUGAAGCAAACUAUGUCACCAAAAAGCAAGAUCUCUUUUCAGCUUACAAACUCACUGAGGAAGACAAGGAUGAAAUUCGGAAAUUGGCUAAGGAUCCCAGGAUUGGUGAAAGGAUAAUCAAGUCCAUAGCACCAUCUAUCUAUGGCCAUGAGGAUAUAAAAACUGCAAUAGCUCUUGCAAUGUUUGGCGGCCAGGAGAAAAAUGUUGAAGGGAAACAUCGACUGCGUGGUGAUAUAAAUGUACUUCUUCUAGGAGAUCCAGGCACAGCUAAAUCACAAUUCCUCAAGUAUGUUGAGAAAACUGGGCAGAGGGCUGUAUAUACAACUGGAAAAGGAGCUUCUGCUGUUGGGCUUACGGCAGCAGUCCACAAGGAUCCUGUCACUCGGGAGUGGACCCUUGAAGGAGGAGCACUUGUCCUAGCUGAUAGAGGGAUCUGCCUUAUUGAUGAAUUUGACAAGAUGAAUGAUCAGGACAGAGUGAGUAUCCAUGAAGCAAUGGAGCAGCAGAGUAUUAGUAUAUCAAAGGCAGGCAUUGUCACGUCUCUCCAGGCUCGUUGCUCUGUCAUUGCAGCUGCAAAUCCAAUUGGAGGAAGAUAUGAUUCUUCGAAGACUUUUACGCAAAAUGUUGAACUGACAGAUCCAAUCAUUUCUCGUUUUGAUGUCCUCUGCGUUGUUAAGGAUGUGGUUGACCCAGUCACAGAUGAAAUGCUUGCCAAAUUUGUUGUUGACAGCCAUUUCAAAUCACAACCCAAAGGUGCUAACUUGGAUGACAAAUCCAUAAGCCAAUCCCAAGAAGAUCCUCCAGCCUCUGCCAGGCCCGUGGACCCUGAGAUACUCUCUCAAGAUAUGCUAAAAAAGUACAUAACCUAUGCCAAGUUGAAUAUAUUCCCAAGAUUGCAUGAUGCUGAUUUGAACAAGCUCACUCAUGUGUAUGCUGAACUGCGAAGGGAGUCUUCGCAUGGACAAGGAGUACCCAUAGCAGUGAGGCACAUAGAAUCAAUGAUACGGAUGUCUGAAGCACAUGCGAGAAUGCACCUUAGAGAACAUGUAACUCAGGAAGAUGUGGACAUGGCAAUACGUGUCCUACUUGAUUCAUUCAUUUCAACACAAAAGUUUGGGGUGCAAAAAGCUCUACAAAAGAGCUUCAAAAAAUACAUGACAUUCAAGAAGGAUUAUAAUGAGCUGCUCCUCUAUCUACUCCGGGGGCUGGUGAAGGACGCCAUCAACUUUGAAGAACUUGUAUCUGGGUCGACGGCAGGGCUUACCCACGUUGAAGUGAAGGUGGAAGAGCUGCUUAACAAGGCACAGGAUUAUGAAAUUUAUGAUCUGAAACCCUUCUUCACAAGCACCCAAUUCUCUAAAGCCAAUUUCGAGUUAGAUGAAGAGCGAGGAGUGAUAAAACAUCCCCUUGCGAGAUAAGAAAAGGAGAAGAUGACUAGGGAGGUACACUUGUUUAAAUGUUGGACUAGAACCUUAAAUUGAUGCUUGAAGAGAAAUGGAGCAUGAUGCAGAACAUAUGGAUUUUGAUGGAAUAUGGUGAAGAGAAUCCGGAGGAAGCAGCCUGGAUAUUAUCUUCACAUCCAAAGUCACGGUUCAUUGUCAUGUUUUAAUGUCAUCCAUAUUUGAUCGUUUUAAGGGUUUUAGUUCUUGAAUAUCAUUUCAAUCUCAACUGUAGAAUAUAUGAUAGGGUUAUAUAUUUUUUCUGGCGAGGCCAGCUUUUUUGUUUAUAAUACAGUGGUAAGGGCCAUUUUUGUAUGUGAGGGAAACAGAGGAUAUUUUUUCCCAUUUUGGAUCCGCAUGUUUCAAGAGAGAAGGCCAAGGGUGGGAUACA